CAAAGGAUUAAGCUGCUACAAUGGAGGCGCGAAUCUUGUCGAGAAAGUUGAUAAAACCAUCAUCUCCAACUCCUGCUCACCUCAGAACCUACAAGCUAUCCUUCUUUGAUCAGUUGGCCAUUCCAGCACAUGUGCCCUUCUUUUUCUUCUACUCUGCAGCUACCAACAACAUUCAUGCCAAAGAAAAAGAUAUCAACAUACACAAACAGUUGGAAACAUCACUUUCCAAUACCUUGACGCGCUUUUAUCCGCUAGCAGGAAGAUAUGUAAAAGAUGAGCUCUUGGUGGAUUGUAAUGACCAAGGGGUUGCAUAUGUGGAGGCCCAGGUGAACUAUGACCUCUCUGAAUUUCUCGGCUUCGGCGAAAGCCUCCAGCAGACUCAGCUUGAAGAUCAUUUUGUGCCGGUACUACUACUAGAAACAGGGGCACAGACUCUAGUCACUACCCCACUUCUCGGUGUACAAGUCACAGUGUUUAAAUGUAGAGGUAUAGCUCUCACAGUGUACCUUUCACAUAUUAUUGCUGACGGAUCCACAUUUAGUACUCUUGUCAAUGAAUGGGCAGCUACGAACAGGUUAGGGGGUUGUAAUGAAGUACUAGAAUGGCCAAGUUUUGACUUGAGUGCUCUUUUCCCAGCUAGAGAUUUAUCGCGAGUACUAAAGCCGACUCAUGAUCUACCUUUGGAGAAUACCAGAUCAACAAAGAUUUUUGUCACAAGAAAGUUCUUGUUGGACGGAAAAACAAUAUCGGAGUUGAAGGCUAAAUGCAUGUUAGAAGGUGGUUGUUGGGGCAAUACUACUGAAGUACCCCGCCAACCUUCAAAGCUAGAGGUGGUAACAGCCUUGAUAUGGAAGGUCCUCAUCAAUGUUGCCCGUGCAAAACACGGGCAAUUGAGGGACUCCGUGAUGAACAUUUCAAUAGGGUUACGAGGAAAAACCGGUAUAGUGACACCGGAGAGCUCCGUUGGGAAUUUCUACAUGGUAGUUCCAGUCAAAUUUAAGUCAGACACGCACAAGAUGGAGUUGCAUGAUUUGGUUGGGCUAAUAGGCAAUACAAUGCGAAAAACCCACGCCAAUCUCGCGAAAAUUAUUAGUGAUGACGACGAUUUCUCGAAUGUGGUUGAAUUUCUAAAUGAAAUUGAGGAAGGAAUGUGUGAUGAGAAAGUGGAUGUCUAUCCCUUUACAAGCUUGUGUAAGUUCCCAUUGUAUGAAGCUGAUUUUGGGUGGGGGAAGCCAUGUUGGAUGCGUGGUUGUGUGAAUGUGCCUUGUGAAGUGGUUGUUUUAAUGGACACCAAAUGUGGCAAUGGAAUUGAAGCAUGGGUGAGCUUGAACGAAAUGGACAUGUUGAAAUUUGAAUCUGCUACAAUGGAGGCGCGAAUCUUGUCGAGAAAGUUGAUAAAACCAUCAUCUCCAACUCCUGCUCACCUCAGAACCUACAAGCUAUCCUUCUUUGAUCAGUUGGCCAUUCCAGCACAUGUGCCCUUCUUUUUCUUCUACUCUGCAGCUACCAACAACAUUCAUGCCAAAGAAAAAGAUAUCAACAUACACAAACAGUUGGAAACAUCACUUUCCAAUACCUUGACGCGCUUUUAUCCGCUAGCAGGAAGAUAUGUAAAAGAUGAGCUCUUGGUCGAUUGUAAUGACCAAGGGGUUGCAUAUGUGGAGGCCCAGGUGAACUAUGACCUCUCUGAAUUUCUCGGCUUCGGCGAAAGCCUCCAGCAGAGUCAGCUUGAAGAUCAUUUUGUGCCGGUACUACUACUAGAAACAGGGGCACAGACUCUAGUCACUCCCCCACUUCUCGGUGUACAAGUCACAGUGUUUAAAUGUGGAGGUAUAGCUCUCACAGUGUACCUUUCACAUAUUAUUGCUGACGGAUCCACAUUUAGUACUCUUGUCAAUGAAUGGGCAGCUACGAACAGGUUAGGGGAUUGUAAUGAAGUACUAGAAUGGCCAAGUUUGGACUUGAGUGCUCUUUUCCCAGCUAGAGAUUUAUCGCGAGUACUAAAGCCGACUCAUGAUCUACCUUUGGAGAAUACCAGAUCAACAAAGAUUUUUGUCACAAGAAAGUUCUUGUUGGACGGAAAAACAAUAUCGGAGUUGAAGGCUAAAUGCAUGUUAGAAGGUGGUGGUUGGAGCAGUACUACUGAAGUACUCCGACAACCUUCAAAGUUGGAGGUGGUAACAGCCUUGAUAUGGAAGGUCCUCAUCAAUGUUGCCCGUGCAAAACACGGGCAAUUGAGGGACUCCGUGAUGAACAUUUCAAUAGGGUUACGAGGAAAAAUCGGUAUAGUGACACCGGAGAGCUCUUUCGGGAACUUCUACAUGGUAGUUCCGGUCAAAUUUAAGUCAGACACGAGCAAGAUCAAGAUGGAGUUGAAUGAUUUGGUUGGGCUGAUAGGCAAUACAAUGCGAAAAACCCACGCCAAUCUCGCGAAAAUUAUUAGUGAUGACGACGUUUUCUCGAAUGUGGUUGAAUUUCUAAAUGAAAUUGAGGAAGGAAUGUGUGAUGAGAAAGUGGAUGUCUAUCCCUUUACAAGCUUGUGUAAGUUCCCAUUGUAUGAAGCUGAUUUUGGGUGGGGAAAGCCAUGUUGGAUGCGUGGUUGUGUGAAUGUGCCUUGUGAAGUGGUUGUUUUAAUGGACACCAAAUGUGGCAAUGGAAUUGAAGCAUGGGUGAGCUUGAACGAAAUGGACAUGUUGAAAUUUGAAUGUGAUCCGGACAUUCUCACUUUCACUUCCUAGCUCCUCCAAGUAAAGCAUCAAUCAAGGGAUUAUUGUGUUGAAGUUAGGGUUUAAUUGUGUUGUUCUUUGUCUUUCCUGCAUUUGCUUGAGUGGAGUUCUACUUUUAUGUCUGGACAAUAAUAAAGACUUGUUUGGUAAAGGAAUUUUUUUUUUUUUUUUUUUUGCCUUAUCAUUAUUAUUAUUAUUUUUAUGCUGUUUUGAACAGGAGGGAGUAAUUGAAUACAUAUUUAGUAUUGUCCAUUUAUUUUAAAAAUUCUGAAAGUAAAAACAUAAAACGUUUUUGAUAUAAGUGUUGCAAAUUUUAAAAAUAAAAUGACUAGUUUAAAAACCUCGCAUUAACCUAUUUCUAGUUAGGACUUGGGGCCGCUAAGGAAAAGUUCCCUCCCUUAAUUGAUUCUGAAAUCCCAGC